CCCCACAAAAUCACUCCAAGCCUCUGCGCAAGCUCACUCCACUGUCCACUCCACUCCAGUCCAGUGCAGCGAGUGUGCGCGAGCAAGCAGCCAAGAAGCACACACAGGAGAUGGCAAUGGUGACCACCGGCCUCGUGGCGGUGGCGUCGCUCCUCCUGCUGCUCGCGGGCGACGCGUCGGCGGCGACGCUGGCGCUGUACAACAAGUGCGGCGAGACGGUGUGGCCGGGCAUCCAGCCGGGCGCCGGCAAGGAGAUCCUGGCGCGGGGCGGGCUGCAGCUGCUCCCCAACCGGGCCACCUCCAUCCGCCUCCCCACUGGCUGGUCGGGCCGCGUGUGGGGCCGGCAGGGCUGCCGCUUCGACGCCGCGGGCCGCGGCAAGUGCGCCACGGGCGACUGCGGCGGCGCCCUCUACUGCAACGGCGCCGGCGGCGAGCCCCCGGCCACGCUGGCCGAGAUCACGCUGGGCGCGUCCGCCGCGGCGCUGGACUUCUACGACGUGAGCCUGGUGGACGGCUACAACGUGGCCAUCGACAUGCGGCCCUACCACGGGUCCGGCGCCAACUGCCUCCCCGCCGGCUGCGUCAGCGACCUCAACAGCGUCUGCCCCGCGGGCCUCGCCGUCCGCAGCGGCAACAGGGUCGUGGGGUGCCGCAGCGCCUGCGCCGCCUUCGGCAGCGCCGAGUACUGCUGCACGGGGCAGUUCGGCGGGCCGCAGCAGUGCAAGCCGACGACCUACUCGCGGCUCUUCAAGCGGGCCUGCCCCAAGGCCUACUCCUACGCGUAUGAUGACAAGACCUCCAUCCUCACCUGCGCCGCCGGCACCUCCUACGUCGUCACCUUCUGCCCCCACCGCCGCUAGACCAUGCCACCGCCACGGAUCCUGAUCCAAACCUGAAGACAGUGAUAGUAUGUUGAUUCAGUUGAGGCAUUGUUGCUGUGCUGUUCUUAGGUUCUUGCUGUCGUUGCGUCCUGUGUUAGUGCCGGGAUCGAUAAUAACACCAGUGGUAUUCGUAGUCGUAGUAGUAGCAGUGAACUGAACCAGUGAUGGUUUGUGGUAGGCCUGGAUGGGUAUAAUAGUAUGGUUGGGUAUAAUGGCAGUAUAUGCAGAUCGAACUACUUAUAUUUUUCA